AUGAGAUGGAAGGAGUUUGUGGGCAAUCGAGUAUCAGCCAUUCAUGAGACUGUCCCACAUGCUCAUUGGAGAUUUACAUCCGGUAAACUCAACCCAGCUGAUUGUGCUUCUCGGGGCUUAAGCGCUUCUCAACUCAUUGAACACACACUAUGGUGGACUGGACCACCAUGGCUCUCGCUAUCUCCUGAAUUUUGGCCAUCAACCGUAGCACCAUCUCCAGAGCAUGAUUUGGAAAAAAGACCCGGCAUUUCACUCUCAGCAACGUCACCUCCAUUAGUGUGGGAUCUCAUCGACUUACCUCAAGUCAAAUCCUUCAAUAAAAAUCUUCCGAAACUACUCAGAAUCACAGCAAUCUGUCAGCGAGCCAUCUCAAGAUUCAAACAAGUUCCAAACUCCAGUUUAGCCAUCUCACCAAUUAAUCCAGCUGACUUAGAGGUUGCAAAGCUGUUUUGGAUACGGGAGACUCAAUGUGCAUACUUCUCCUCAGAAAUCAAGGCUAUUCAAGCUGGAAAAGGACUUCAUAAGAAUCAUGUUCUGUCUCGACUAACUGCAAUAGUUGACCAUACUGGUAUAUUGCGAGUUAGAGGUCGUCUCCAGAACUCUCAACUGUCCGAGAACAGCAAACACCCGGCAAUAUUGCCCAGACACAGCAAGCUCUCAGAUCUGAUCAUCGCAGAUGCCCACUCAAGAACUCUUCAUGGUGGUACUCAAUUAACUCUCUCUCACGUCAGAAAGACUUGUUGGAUCAUCGGUGGCAGAGCCUUCAUAAAGUCAUUCAUUCAACGAUGCCUUGUGUGCGCCAGAAUACGUGGAAUUCGAGCUCAACAACUCAUGGCUCCACUUCCGACCUCUCGAGUCACACCUUCUCUAGUGUUUGAGAACACUGGAGUAGAUUAUGCCGGUCCAAUCACAUUAAAAACCUUACAAGGUCGAGGUGCAAAAACCUUUAAAGGCUGGAUUGCAGUCUUUGUCUGUUUCACGACCUCAGCAAUCCACCUAGAAGCAGUUUCAGACUACUCAGCAGAAGGCUUUCUCAAAGCUUUUAGACGUUUCACCAGUCGUCGUGGCAUCUGCAAGACUAUUCGAAGUGAUUGCGGCACGAAUUUGAAAGGUGCUGACGCCAUUCUCAAAGACCUAUUUCGUCAAUCAUCAAAGGAAUCUCAAGAACUUCAACGGAUUCUUGCUAAUGAUGGAACUAAGUGGAUAUUCAAUCCACCUGGAGCACCUCAUAUGGGUGGAAAGUGGGAAGCAGCAGUUAAGUCAGUAAAGCACCAUCUGCAACGAAUUAUCUCAGACACGCUUCUCACUUUCGAAGACUUCUCUACUUUCCUCGCUCAAGUAGAAGCGGUACUCAACUCACGACCUCUCAGUGCGCUUUCAGACGACCUAGAAGACAUCUCAGCCUUAACGCCAGGACACUUCAUUCGUGGAGAAGCUCUGACCACGAUACCAGAACCAUCUCUAUGUUCUGUACCUGAACCAAGACUCUCUCAUUUUCAACGCAUUCAAGAACGAUUUCAAAAAUUUUGGGAUAGAUGGUCAACGGAAUGUCUUCAAGCGCAUCAAUCGAUUUCUAAAUGGCAGAAAACUCAAGACAACAUCAAAGUGGGCUCAUUAGUUCUCCUCACCGACGAGCGAUUGCCUCCAUCAAAGUGGCCUCUCGCUCGAGUCAUUCAACUUCACCUUGGGCAGGAUGGAUUGUGCAGAGUAGUAACUGUCAAAACUGCCACCUCGACUCUUACUCGACCAGUAGUCAAACUCGCUCCACUGCCAAUCUCUACAUCAAGACGACUCACAAGAAGAGGAUUCUAA